CAUCAUUAUUUUUUUAUUUCUAUGAACAGGGGGUUGAGAGUCUAUGCUGCAUUUAUAUUCAGCACAUUGAUAUGCGGAUAGCAGCAUCCUUACUAAGCCAGGGUCAGCCAGGGUCAGACCAAUGAUCUUUCUAUCCAUUUGGAGCAGAGCAUUGGCAGGACACUCUCUUCAUCUCUCUCCUGUUAUACCCAACAUUCGAACAUCAACCAAACAAUUUUUGAAGAAAUCUGAAGGAGUGUCCCAAAUCGCCAAGCUGUUCCAUUGUGAUCAGAGGAGAUCACGUCCAAUCAACAUGUCUGAAGAUGAAGGGAAGGAAGAGCCUGCAAUUGUAGAGGAAGGGAGAGCUAGGAUCGUUUUCCCAAAUCCCAAUGAGGUGUUUUACAAUCCUGCACAAGUCAUCAAUCGAGAUCUUAGUCUGGCAGUCACUGGAUUGUUUGUAGAGGAUUUCUUGCAGGGAAAAGAAAUGAAAGUUUCCUACGAGUAUCGAGAUGAAACCAAGGAUACAGAUGAUACCCAACAGGAAACGGUCUCCGAGAAUAAUGUAUGUUAUCCUGGACAGAAAUGUGAGGAAGGGAUUACAUUCUUAGAAGCUCUCUCAGCCUCUGGUCUAAGGUCAGUCAGGAUCGCCAAAGAAGUUCCAGGCAUCAAGAGAGUGGUAGCCAAUGAUUUCUCAGAGGAAGCAGUCAGGGAUAUAGAGAGGAACAUUCAGUUCAACAACGUUGAAGAUCUGGUCGAAGCCAGUCAUUCAGAUGCAUCGUUACUGAUGUACAAACAUCGGUUCAAAGAUUCCUUCAACGUGGUUGACCUAGAUCCCUACGGCAGUGCUGCUCAAUUCUUGGACUCCGGUGUCCAAGCUGUACGUAAUGGUGGUCUUCUCUGUGUCACAUGUACUGAUAUGGCUGUACUAUGCGGUAAUCAUGGGCAUGCAUGCUUCGCCAAAUACGGGGCGAUGGCACUACGGACCAAGUUCUGCAAUGAGAUGGCCUUGAGAAUUCUUCUGCAGUGCAUCGAGACUCAAGCCACUCGUUAUAAUCGUUACAUCGUUCCAGUUCUUUCAGUCGCAGUGGAUUUUUACGUGAGAGUCUUCGUCAGAGUUCAUAUCAGUCAGUCUAAAGUCAAGUACUCGCCAAGCAAGAAAGCCUUGGUAUAUCACUGUAGCGGAUGUGGUAGUUUCAACCUUCAGAGAUUGGGCAAAGUCUCCUUCAAAGAGAACAACCCCAAUCCAAUCUUCCAGCCAGCCACUGGUCCUCCUGUAGAUAAGUCCUGUCAACAUUGCGAUUCAUCAUUCCAUGUAGGUGGUCCAAUCUGGGCUGACCCCAUACACGAUGUAAGCUUUGUGAAGCGCCUGAUAACGCACAUAGACACAUAUCCUGAUCGAUUCAAGUACAAAGACAGGAUGAAAGGCAUGAUGACGGUCGUUAGUGAGGAGCUGUCUGACUGCCCUCUGUAUUACAUAACCAGCCAUCUAUGUAACGUCGUUCACUGUGAAUGUCCUUCUCAAGAGAAAGUUAGAUCAGCCAUCUUGAAUGCCGGCUACCGAGUCUCUAUCUCGCAUGCAUCGCCCGAAGCUCUCAAGACGGACGCUCCAGCAUCCGUUAUUUGGGAUAUAAUCAGAGCAUGGGUCAAAGAUCACCCUGUAAGUGAGAAGCGUCUUGCAGCCAGCAGCCCAGCGGCCUCCAUCCUCAGCAAAGACUCUAGCAUCAAAGUCAACUUUGACCCCCAUCCUGAUGCCAUACCCAAGUCUAGACAGAUGGUUAGGUUUCCAGAGAACCCACAGGCUAACUGGGGACCAAAGGCUAGAGCUAAGAUGAUGGCAGGUGAUGAAACGUUAGAGGAUAAGAGAAAACGUCUUCAAGGGAAACGAUCAAAGAGAAAACGAGAUGGAUCAUCGGAUGAGGAGAAGAAACAGUUGAAGGUGGCUGCAUCAGAGCAAGAGGAUUCUAACAAUACAAUGAUGAGAUGACAUCCAUUGGACUAAUGCAUUACCCCAUCUCAUGCACUGCACUCCCUGCCAAUCGAGCCAUAAGGAAUGAUCCUCAUUUAAUUUACCUCACCUGAAGACACUCCAAGAGACUGGGG